AUGGGAGGGGAGGGUGACGGCGAGGAAGAGGAGGUGGAGCUGGUGGCUGAGGUGCGAGUGGGGGACCUGGGGGACCUGGCCGCCGCCUCGGGGCUCCUGCGGCGCGAGAGGCCCUGGAGGGCCCCCAAAGGAGGCCACCUCCCCGGCUCCUCGGUGCGGCGCUGGCGAGCGCCCGGGGGUCCCCCGGCCCCCCCGGGCCCCCCAGCCGGGACCCCCCCGGCUUUGCCGCUGCCCCACCGGACCCGCCGGGCCCCCCCCCCAACGCCGGGCCGGCCCCGGCGCCCCCGGGGUCCUCGGGCGGCAGCACCGGGGGGUCCGGGGGGGCAGCAGCAGCAGCAGCAGCGCCCCCAGGGCCCCCCGGCCCCCCGCGAGGAGCCGGCGCGGACGCAGCCCCCCGGCGGCGCCCUGGAGAAAGCCGACUCCUCGUCCUCCUCCUCCUCCUCCUCCUCCUCCUCCUCCUCCCGCUCUUCCUCCUCUUCGGCCUCUUCGUCCUCCUCCUCCUCGCAGCCCGGCCCCCCGCCCGCCGCCGCCUGCCGCCCCCGCUCCCCCGCCCUCGAUAUUUAUGACCCCUUUCACCCCACGGACGAGGACAACCCCGGGGGGGACUUCGCCUACGGAGCCUCCCCCCCCGGCAAGGAGGCCGAAGGCCGGCAGGACCAGAAGUACGACCCCUUCGAUCCCACCGGCUCCAACCCCAGCUCGUCCCGCAGCAGCCCCAGCCCCGACGAGGAGGAGGAAGAGGAGGAGGAGGAGGAGGAGGAAGAGGAGGAGGAGGAGGAGGAGGAGGAAGAGCCGCCCGCCCGCCCCGACGUCUCGCACAGCAUCAGCCGCAUCUCGGAGACCUUGGCCGGCAUCUACGACGACAACAGCCUCAGCCAGGACUUCGAGAAGGAGCCCGAGCCGGGACCCCCGGCCCCCCGCGCCCCCCAGAACCCCGCCGGCGCCGACUCCACGCUGCCGGAGGACGAGGAAGAAGAGGAGGAGGACGAGGAGGAAGACGAAAGCUCGCAACCCGCCGAGGGAACCGUCCCGGAGCCGCGCCGUCGCGUCUUCGUGGUGGACCUGGCCGCCAAGAGCCGGCCGGAGAGCGAAGCCCACCCGAAGCUGGAGGGGAAGGUGUCGCUGGAGGUGGUGGCCGCCGGUAACCCCAAAGCGCCGCCGCCGCCGGCCCCCCAGCGCCCCAAAGCCAACCGGCACCGGGGCCGGCGCGAGUGGGGGCCGGGCGGCGGCGACUCGGAAAUUGAGGAAGGGGAGAUCGUGCAGCCCGAGGACGAGCGUUACAGCCCCCUCCGGCUCUUCCGCGCCGCCGGCGGCGCCGCCGCGGGCGCCGGGCGAGGCCGGGCCGCCGAGCCCCGGCCCCCGCGGCUGCCGGAGGGCGACGAUUUCCUCUCCCUUCACGCCGAUUCGGACGAGGAGGGGGAUUUCGGCGCCGACACCAGCGCCGCCUGCGCGCCCCGCCCUCGCCCCGCUCCCCCUCCGCCGCCUCCCGCAAGAAACCCAAGCGCUCCCGGGAGCGAGGCGGGGCGGCCUGGGGGGGCAAAAAACCCCCCGAACCGCCCCCCAAGGCCAAGGAGCGGCACCGCCGCCGAGGCUCCCGCUCCCGCUCCCGCCGCCGCUCCUGGUCGCGGGGGCCGCCGUUCCCGCUCGCGGGAGAAACGCCGCAGCCGGCGUUCGGGGAGCGGCGACCGGCCCCGGCGGCCGCGGCACAAGGAGAAACACCGCGGCGAAGGGAAGAAGAAGAAAAAACAGCGCUCGCGCUCGCGGGAGCGGCGCCCGUCCCGGCGCCCGUCCCGCGACGGCCCCGCGGAGCCCAAGGCGGAGAAGGGCGGGGAGCAGGCGGGGCGGCGGCGGGAGGCGCGGGCCGUGGUGCCCCCCUCCGUGCAGGAGCUCAACGACGCCGACCUCUUCGCCAUCAAACGGACCAUCACGGUGAGCCGGCGGGAGGGGACGCCCGAGCCGGCCAAGCGCGAGGUGCUCUACGAUUCCGAAGGGUUGAGCUUCGAAGGGUUUUCCGACCGGGAACCCCCCGAAGCGCCGGGGAGUCGGAAGGGGGAGUCGCGGCCGGCGGCGGAGGGCAAGAAGGAGAAGGAGCGGAAGCGGAGCCGGCCCGAGGAGCGUCCCCCGCCCCGCGAGAAGUACAAGAAGAAAUUCAAGGAGGCCCCCGGCCGCCCCGCGCCGCCCCCGCCGGAGCCGGCCAAGGCGGAGAAGGAGAAGGGUGCGCACGGCGAGCGGGAGAAGGCGCCGCGCAAGAGCAAAAGCGGGGGGCACAAGGAAGGGGAGGGGGUCCCCGCGAAGCCCCCCGCCUCCCGCAAGGUGAAGCUGCAGUCCAAGGUGGCCGUCCUCAUCCGCGAAGGCGUCAGCUCCACCACGGCGGCGGGGAAGGAGGGCGGCUCCGGCGCCUCCAUCGGCGUCAAGUUCAGCCGCGACGCCGAGAGCCGCGCGCCCUUCCUCAAGCCCGAGGAGAAAGCGGCGGCCGAGGCCAAGGCGGGGGGCAAAACCGAGCCCCCCAAGGAAACGGGGGUCAAGGUCAAGAAGGCCAAAGCCCCCAAGGCCAAGGCGGGGCUGAAGAAGCCCAAAGGGGCCGGCGGCAAGGCCAAGGCCGGCGGCGAAGCGAGGAAGAAGAGGAAGGCCAAGCCCAAGGGCUCGCUCAAGAAGUCCAAGGCGGACAGUUGCAGCCAAGGGGCCGGCAGCCCCCCCCUCCGCCUGCCCCCCAAGGCCGAGCCGACUUGGUCGGGCUCGGAGAAGUCGGGGGGCAGCCCCAAACCCCCCAGCCCUCCCCCCGGCAAGGCGGCGGCGGCGGCGGCCGAGCGGGAGCUGACGCCCGACUCGCAGACCGUCGACAGCAGCUGUAAGACCCCCGACGUCUCCUUCCUCCCCGAGGAAGGGCCGGCGGGCGGCGGCGGGGGCGGCGGGGGCCCCCCCGCGGGGGCGGCGGCGGCGGUAACGGGGGGCCCGGCCGGCGCGGAGCCCCCCCGAGCCGACCCCGAAGCCGACAGCCGCUCGGAGGCGAAGGAGGAGCCGGGCCGGGCCCUGGGACCCCCGGCGGCGCCGGUGGCCUGGAACCUGCAGGGCGGCGUGGACUGCGCCACCAGCGGCGUCCUGGCGCUGACGGCGCUGCUCUUCAAGAUGGAGGAGGCCAACCUGGCCAGUCGGGCCAAGGCGCAGGAGCUGAUCCAGGCCACCAACCAGAUCCUGAGCCACACGAAGGCGCCGCCCCCCCUGGGAGCCCCCCAGCCCCCCGCGGCCGCCGCCCACCCCCCGGCCCCCCACGCGCCCCCCCCGUACCUGCUGCACGGGGCCCUGCCGCUGGUGGGGUGCCCCUCGGCGCCCGCCACCCCCACGGGGCUGCCGGGGGUGGGGGGGCCGGCGGCGGCGCCCGGGGGGGUCCCCGCACCCCUCUACGGAGCCUCGUCCAGCGCCGAGGCCGGCAAGAGGGACGGGAGCGUCAGCUCCGAGGGACGCGGGGACACCGACAAGUACCUGAAGAAGCUGCACACGCAGGAGCGGGCGGUGGAGGAGGUCAAGCUGGCCAUCAAGCCCUACUACCAGAAGAAGGAGAUCACCAAGGACGAGUACAAGGACAUCCUCCGCAAGGCCGUGCACAAGAUCUGCCACAGCCGGAGCGGGGAGAUCAACCCGGUCAAGGUCAACAACCUGGUGCGGGCCUACGUCCAGCGCUACAAGUACUUCCGGAAGCGCGGCCGGCGCGGGGGCGGGGAGGAGCCCCUGGGGGGCGCGGGGGGGCCCCCCAAAGAGCUGGGGGGGUCCCUGGACAAAGCCCCCCUCCCCAUGCCCCCCCUCUGAGCCCCCCCGCGCUCACCCUGUAAAUACAGGUUGGGGGGGGGGGGGGGGGGCACAUCCCUUCCCCUCC